AUGCUUGCAGCAUUGGGCUUACCUGCACGGCCCCAGCCUUUUUGGGAGACUCCUCCAGAGCCUGUCCGUGUAGCGAAACCGCGAGACGAGGGCGAAGAACCCGAAGAGGGCGAAAUCGAUGACGGAGAGGUUGACGAGGGCGAGAUGCCUUCAAGGCCGCUUGCCCCGAUGCGCUCACUUCCUCCUGCUCCCCUUCCUCAGCGCUUGCCCCCUCCUCCCCAUCGAGCGAGCCAGUUUGCGCAAGCAAGCGAGCAGACCAAGUGGCUUCCGCCUCCCAGAGUCGCUCUCCCUCCCAGACCGCUCGUUGUACCUCCGCCCCCAGAAGCUGUAUCAUCGGCCCUUCCUCUCAGCCAGAUGAGCCGUACGGAUACUUCGCCUUUGCCGACUCCUCCACCUCCGCCGAUCGGGUUACCUGCACCGGUCUGGGCAGACGGAUCCAACGUCGCUGGUCAGCCCAAGCCUAUGGCUCCAGCCAAUGCGGCAGCUGUGCUUGCCUCGCUCAGUCUACGAGAACAGGAUCGCAUUCAGCAAUUCAUCGCGAUCAUCCGGCGCUUGCUGCCCUUUGGCCUCUCAGCCACUGCCCUACAGAGCGAAGGCAUCAGCCUCGACCUCGUCAGGAACAUGCACGAUGUCGUCGGAGAGCCCAUGCCCGCACAAUUGCUUCAGCCCGCCGGAAGACAUCGCGCUCGCCCUCCUACAUCGCAAGACACUUCAAUGAUCAACGGCAAAGCACUGACUCGCGAUCCACGUACACCAAGGACCAACAAGAUCACAGCGCCUAUGGUCAUCGAUCUCACUUUGAGCGCCUCAACGGUCAGCCACGAGCAGGAGAUUAGCUCGCCCGUCUCACUUGAUCGGCCAGCACCCGCUGUGCAUGGACUGCCCAUGCGACCAGUCUACUCAGAGCUACGCACACCGCUCACGGCGUCCUCGACGACAUCACAACAUCACCUCCGUGAAGCAGAGCAUAACCAGCUCUUCGCUCCGCAGCCACGCACGCCAGCAAGCGUCAUCCAGGCUACCUAUCCUGUCGGCGGCGAUCGACAGGCGUUUUACGAGGGUGAGGUGGAUGAUCUUGACGGCAUAGCGUAUGACGACUUUGCGAGCUUCUCGCCUCCUCCUGCGCCUAAAAUUGGUCUGCCGGCGUACAUUGACGAAGGGGCACUCGAAAAUGAAGCUCGAAAGAAAGAAGAGGUUCGCCUCCGAUUACAAGCGCGUCGAGCAGAGCGCAGAGCCAGGGUCGUCAGCACCGAUCAGGCCGAACACGCUGAGCGAGCUAGACAGAUGGCGCUUCAGUUUGAGCAAAAUUUCGAGCAAAGUCUCAGCAUGGAGAUGUUCGCCGCCGAAAGUCGCAGCGGAUCUGCGAUAUCAUCGGGCGAUGGAAUGGUCGUCGAAGAAGAUAUUGCGCCAUCAAGCCUACGAGAAGCUGCGGCACUGGCUGCCAAUGAGGAUCUCCCAGGCUCGCCAGGCUUCGAGGAGAUUUCUAUGCCACGCAGCCGGGAACUAAGCCAUGAGCCAGCCCGCGCUCAGACAAUGAGGCAUAAAGUGCCUUCUGCUGCCGCGCCGUAUCAACAAGCAUACGCCGCUGCUCCGAAUAACAGCUGGCGAAGGCGGCCUGUUGCUGCUGACCUAUACACUGCACCAGCCCAGAACCUGCGUGACUACAAGCGAUGCAGCUGCUUUGGCGUCUGCGCGCAUUCACUUGUCAUCGAUGUCAGCGACGAAGAGUCCGAUGGGCAAGAGGACCUGCCUGACACCCGCAUGUCAGCCCAAGAGAGGAUCGAGGCCAAUAUGAAUGCCCUCCGAGCAAGAAUUGCAGAAAUGGAAGCUGCACAGAAGAAGCUAGACGAAGUACAGGCUGUCGCUUCGACAGCGCCAAGAAGAUCUGCUGGCAACGAAGCCGCAGAGGGGCAUCGUCCAGAUACAGUCAUUCACCAACGACAAGCCUCCCUGGCCGAGUCGUUAGCCAACGCCAAGUCUGAUGUCCAGACGCUAUCCGAAGCGAUUGAGAAGAAACAAAGGCCCAAGAGCAACAAGCGCAAACAUUUGUCACCUGACACGAGCAAAGGUACAUUAGCGCGAGACAGGACAAGCCGUUCGCCGGAAGCGAGCACAAAGGAAUUCCAAUUUUUCACGCGUGCAGGUGCAGCAGAAGCUGCCGACGCGUCUGCAGCAGGCAAGCAGGCUGGUCUCCUCCUCUUGACGGCCUCUACAGCUGCCAAUCAGUCCGUUCAACGGACCUCGAGCCCUGCAAGCUUCGUGAACGAGUCACCUUUCCAAGCUUACUUCGGUCUACGGUCCGUCGUCAAGAACACGACACCACUACCGCCCUUCAAUGGCCCCAACAACCUGCGACUGUAUCGUGCCUGGUCGGCCAUCGAGCGAGGCUUCGAUCCAAGCGAGUCGUUCUGCAGCUACGAGAGUUCCGGUGGAGUAUGCAACGAUACCGGCUGCAAGCAUAACCACACUCGCAACUUCGAUCUGGACAGCACCCUCCUUACUCGGUAUCUGCAGGAACAGUAUGGUGUCAUGGACCAGGUCAGCAAGGCCAAGAGGACGAUGCUAGCAAGGACGCUCGACCUUCUCGGCUCUCGACCCUACGAUCGCUCUGUCAACUUUGCGGACUUUCUCAAGGAGGUACUACAAGGGGCGGACGAGUCUUAUGAGCUCGCGCAACGACCUGCUCCCCUUCGUGCUGUCCAUCCAUGCUCUUCAGCGACCCUCCCCGAAAUACAGGUGGUACCAGAGAGCACAAGGAACACUCACAGGAGUGUAGUGCACGGAAUGCGCGUCUUCUACUACAGCGCACGAGAUCAGGACUAUCACGAGCACAAUGCAGAGCAUGUCAUCCCCCCCGUGCCUCCUUUGCUCGAGAUGGUGACGGUCUAUGGAUAUGUCGGCACCCUGGCCGUCGGCCUCGGCAUCAUAACAUGGCUAGCCAUACGAGACAUGAUCAGUAUCCCCGCUUUCAAGGGACGCAAGCUGCAGCUCUCAGUGUCGGCGAACCAUCUGAAUACGAUCGAUCUCGUGACUGUCAUGAGCCGCAUCGCUAAGAAGAGCCUGCCUUGGCCAUUCAGCAAUGCGGCCGAGCUCAAACCCAACGCUGCUCGGACAGGCUAUGACCUGCCCGAGGUCACAAUCGAGGCUCCGUUCAAGAUUCAUCCUCGCGACCUCAAGCGGUUCCAAGCAGCUGUCAGCUUGAGCGACGGCUCUCAGAAGAGCCAGACUGAUGAGCUGUCGCCUUUCAUCUUUGUCUCACUCACAACGCCUUUCUUCCUCUUGUUGCUCACGAACGAGCAAUGGCCCAUCAGUGCACUCGGCGCUGUCAAUACGUCGAAUACCUUCAAUUUCAUCAGACCAGAGCGGGUGCGCACACUCGAGCAAAUACAGCAGGGCGACUUCUUCGUGCGAGCACAGAUGGGGGGUGAUGAUCUGCCAGGUGUCAGAGCCAAGCGAGGCAUACAAUGGGCGAUGAGUAUUACGCUCUUUGAACGUGAUGGCGGCAAAGAAGUCGAGAUCUUCAAUGCCAAAUUUGAGGUGCUCAAGUUCCUAUCGAGGUCCGCGAAGCCGGCCUACAAUCCUGACAACGACAAGAAACCGGGCGAGCUGGAUCCUGCAGAGCUGCAAGACUCGCCGCAAAAGCUAAAACUUACCUCUGCCUCGCCCCGUGUGUACAGCGCAUCGUCGUUGGAUUACAAUCCCAUCCACUUGCAUCCUCUGACGGCGUACUUCCUCACGGGAAAGCAGAUCGCUCAUGGCAACCUGUCAGUACUCGCCUUCGUUCACCAGAUCAGCAAGUCAGCCGACCCAGCAGAUGCAGCGCUCAAGUCUCUGUGGCGGGUCGACAGACCCAUGACUACUACAGUCCGCUUCACAUCCAUGAUGCCAGUGCCCUGCACCCUCGACAGCAAAAUCUCGCGUAAAGCUGACCAAACUGGCGAGCUCGCUUUUCAGAUCCUGCUCAAGAACAAAGUGUGUAUUGCUGGCUCAGCAGUACCUCUGUAG